AUGAAGAUGGGAGGUUCAAAGAAAAUAGGUAUUGAAAACCUUCCUUCACAUAUGCAUAGGUUCAGUGGAAGAACAUCUGUGGAAGGAAACCAUUCACAUUCAAUAACAAAAAGAGGUUAUAUAAAUCUUGCAGCGGGUUCGAAUAGACAGGGAAUGAACAGAUAUGAUAUCACAACUGACCCCAAAGAUGUUAGCACAGGUAUUUUCUGUGGAACUGCAGGAAAUCAUACACAUGUUGUAGCUGGUAUUACAGACCCAGCAGGUAAUGGAAAAGAUUAUAUGCCUCCUUAUAUAACAAUGCACGCUUGGAUACGAGUUGGUUAA